CUCGCAGUUUGUUCUCAAUGUUUAAAAAAGGCAGUGUGCGCAGUGCCCACCACUUUCCUCAACCUGCAGGUCUCUCUCACGCACACACAUUACGACCACCCAUUAAUGUCCCUCUCCUCAAUCUCUAGUAGCCACGCUCCCUUUCUCCUAAUCACUACUUAAACAUCCCCAUCAGCCCGCAAAGCUAGACCUCCCCAGCCUCCAUUACUCACUUGACUCACACUUUUUCACUCCUUCAGUAGCUCCAAAACAACUCUCAUCACUCAUCACUCAUGACCAAGAGGGAAGAUCAUAACCUGUAAAAAGAAAGGAAAAAGAAAAGUUUGUACCUUUUUUCUUAAGCUGCGCCUCAGAUCAGAUUCCUGUACAGGGGUUGAUUCUGGGUCCGUUUUAAAAGAUGGAUCCUCCUCCAAUUGUCAACGAAUCGCGGUUCUCUGCUGCGAACCCAUCUUUCUACAGCUUAGCUGAGAUUUGGCCGUUCAAUGGGGAGACGGGUAUUGGCGGGUCGGGGCUCCGAAUGGGGGAUUUGAGCGGGUUCCUGGAUAGUCAAAUGGACCGGGACGGGUCGGCGGAGGUGUCCACCGAGACGGAGCAGAGCGGUGGUGGAGGAAUUGGGAGGAAGAGGAAGGAUGUGAGUUCGGAGGACGAGUCUUCCAAGAUGGUGUCCACCACUAGUAGUGCCGAUGAUUUGAACAUAUCAAACGGAAAACGCACGAAGUCACUGGUUUCAAGGCAUGACAAUGGUGGAUCGAGAGCUGAAGGAGAUUCGAGUUCUGCUGCUAGUCAAAAGCAGGCUGAACAGAUUGCAAAACCCUCUGAGCCACCAAAGAAGGAUUAUAUUCAUGUCAGAGCACGACGAGGCCAAGCUACGGAUAGUCAUAGCCUAGCUGAGAGAGCAAGGAGAGAAAAGAUCAGUGAGCGGAUGAAGAUUCUUCAAGACUUAGUCCCUGGAUGCAACAAGGUUAUUGGAAAAGCACUAGUCCUUGAUGAGAUUAUCAACUACAUUCAAUCACUGCAGAAUCAGGUCGAGCUCUUGUCCAUGAAGCUUGAAGCAAUCAAUUCAAGGAUGAACAUCAAUCCUACUAUUGAUGGAUUCCCAGCAAAAGAUCUUGGUGAGCAGCCAUUUGAUGCGACUGGGAUGAUGUAUGCUUCGCAAGCAGCAAGACAGUAUGGUCGAGGAUCGCAACCAGAAUGGUUGCAUAUGCAGUUAGGUGAAGGUUUCGAGAGGCCGAUGUGAUCUCAAGAAGCACGGCACGAUAGCUCUAAAUGCACCAUGGAAAAGAUGGCUCUGAGAGAUUAUUGACCAGAGAGCAAUUACAUCCUGUGCAUGAAUUAUUACACACGGACCACCGAUUCUUGAUGUUGUAGAUCCAUCUCUGUAGAAAGCGCAUCUAGUUCCAUACGAUGUCUAAGUCGAUUUAAUGUGAUUACUUUUGAUUUCUGUCUGCACUUAGAAGGUAACUUUCUUAGGGGAAAUUCUGAAUCAUCAUCAGUUAGAUAUUGAAAGGAUCGUGUGCUUUGUGAGAUCAGUAGUGAAAUAUAGUUGUGCUAACUUUUCUUCAA